AAAAGAGAUUUGACAGCUGAUAAAAAACAACAAACAAGCGAUUCCCUUUUUCGACCUGAUCGUUGAUAAUUUCACGGUUUUAAUUAAAUGAAUCAAUGAAAAGUGUGCUGCGGUGUCAAAAAGAUCAUCGUAUCAGCUGUGCAACGGUCAAUAGGUGCUCUAUUGUAGUUGCUGGUAAUUUACCGACUUAUUGGGGUGGAGGAUUUUAUUGAUUUCGGCCGCAGAAUACAUAACAAAAAAAGAAGGAAAUAUAUGUGUCGUGUUGUAUACUUUUGUUAAUCGUGUUCGGCUACCUAUUACAGCAGUUGUGUUGAUAAGGUUUUAGAUUUCUUUUUGAUUCGUUUUUAAAAUUUAUACAUCCGGAGAUGAUGCGUUUACGACGAAAAUUUGUCUUGUAUUUGAGUGGUGUAUUGCUGGCGGUGUUUUUAUUUUUCUACGCACUCAUAAACUACUCCAUUUCACCACAGAAGACUCAGGACUUGAAGUUUAUCGAAUCAAAAUUAAAGGCACUGGAAAAUGGCUUGCAAAAACAUAACGUAGAGGUGGGAGAAAUCAAGAAGCAAAUCGACAACAUCCAAAGUAAGAAUGUUAACAACAAGGACGAGGAGACCCAAAUCCAUCAGAACGAUGGUGCCGAAUUGGAUAAGAGGGAAAUGCAAAACGAAGCUGUAAUCCAUGCUGCUGUGACAUUCCGUGGCGAAAAUCAGAAGCAAUGUUCAUUUAGAAGUGACAUUAUGCCUGUGGUGGAUGUUCAGAUGCUGGACAUUUACAAUGAACUCACAUUCGACAAUCCAAAUGGUGGUGAAUGGAAGCAAGGCUGGCGCAUAAACUACGACAUUCACGAAUGGAAUAGCCAUCACAAACUGAAAGUAUUCGUGGUACCGCAUUCGCAUAACGAUCCCGGGUGGAUCAAGACAUUUGACGAGUACUACGAUCAGACGACCAAGUCCAUUCUGACGAAUAUGCUAGCUCAAUUGACUGACAACGGUGAUAUGACAUUCAUCUGGGCGGAAAUAUCAUACUUCUCCCGAUGGUACGAUAAUUUGUCCACGGAUGAUAUGAAGAAAGUGAAGAAUUUGGUCAAACGUAAUCAACUUGAAUUCGUCACAGGCGGUUGGGUGAUGCCCGACGAAGCUAAUUCGCAUUGGCUAUGUCUGCUGCAGCAGCUUACCGAAGGCCAUACUUGGCUAAAAACUAACUUAAAUGUGACACCAACGUCUUCUUGGUCCAUCGAUCCUUUUGGACAAAGUGCUACAAUGCCAUUGCUACUUAAAGAAUCGGGAUUUCAAAAUUUAUUAAUUCAACGGACACAUUACUCUGUGAAGAAGCGUUUGGCACAGAAGAAAGAACUGGAAUUUCGCUGGCGACAAUUGUGGGAUACAACUGGUGACACCGAACUCUUCACCCAUAUGAUGCCAUUCUACUCGUACGAUGUGCCACAUACUUGCGGACCAGAUCCAAAAGUUUGUUGCCAAUUCGAUUUCAAACGCUUGCAUGGCUUCGGCUUAUCGUGUCCGUGGAAAAUUCCUCCACAAGUCAUUGACGAUAAUAAUGUGGCAAAAAGAGCCGAACUCAUAAUCGACCAAUGGAGGAAAAAGUCAACGUUGUACAAAACGCGAUCAGUGCUCAUACCGCUCGGGGAUGAUUUCCGAUACAGUCAAAGCACCGAAUGGGAAGCACAACGGACAAAUUACCAGAAGUUGUUCGACUACAUCAAUAAUGAGCCGAGUUUGAAUGUAGAAGCCAAAUUCGGAACGCUGCAGGAGUAUUUCGAUUCGGUGCAUUUGGAGAAGAGAUUGGACGAAUUUCCGUCAUUAAGCGGUGACUUCUUUACAUAUGCGGAUCGUGACGACCAUUACUGGAGUGGAUAUUUCACAUCGAGACCAUUCCACAAACGGUUGGACCGAGUUUUAAUGAACUACUUGAGAUCGGCUCAAAUGUUGCACAGCUGGUCGCAAUGGGAUGCCGAUGCAGGAUUUGAUUUUAUGUUGACACAAGCCACAAGAGCUUUAUCGCUGUUCCAGCAUCAUGAUGGAGUGACUGGUACAGCCAAGGAUCAUGUUAUGAGAGAUUAUGCCAAGCAGAUGAAUGAAGCGUUGAUUUUAUGCAAAAAUGUUAUACAACAGUCUGCAUAUCGUUAUCUAACGAAACCUUCCAUUUACCAACCGGACUAUAAGUUUACUUACUUCAAUAUGGACGAUGCUCGUACACCGAAUCCGAAUGAAAGUCGCCAAACGAUCAUACUCGGCGAAGAGCUUCCAACAAAAUAUAUUGUUUUGCACAACUCACUUCCCUAUGUCCGCGAGGAAGUCGUGGAAUUUUAUGUUUCUCGUCCGCUUGUUAUGGUAACGGAUUUACAGGAAACCAGUAUACCUUCGCAGGUAUCUCCGGUAUGGGCCUGGCACAAAAGCAUUAUGAAUACAUUGGCACCACAAGCUUCGACCACCAAAUACAAAUUGGUAUUCAAAGCAAAAGUGCCGCCACUCGGAUUAUCGACAUACAUGAUACAUUCAACAUCAUCGGUAGAAAGCAGCAUCGGCACAACAUUCGCUAAGAUUACCAUACUUACGAAAAGUCCUUUCUCUGUCGUACUGGCCGACUAUCCACAUCAAGUGGAAUUCGCAGAGCCUCGGGAAAUAUCCAUACGGAUUUCAGAUGGACCCGGUGUAUCGUUCAAUAAAUUUGGCCUACUUAAAUCGAUGUCGGUCGAUUCGAGUUCACCAAAUGUUCCGGUUCAUCUAGAAUUUUUGAAAUACGGAGCUCGUCACGGUUCGGAACGCAGCGGUGCUUAUCUGUUUUUGCCGGAUGGGCCAGCAUCACAAUUGGAAAUCGGCAGCCCAGCCGUGUUGGUUACGCAAGGUAAUUUGGAAUCGAGUGUAACAACCGGACUCCGAUUCGCUAUACAUGAGAACAUUCUCAGCGGCGGAUGUUUAGAAAUCCGUAAUUUGAUUGAUAUCGGCGAUAUGGACAAUACUGAAAUUAUAAUGAGAAUGUCGACUGCUAUUAAAAGCGAGGACGUGUUCUACACGGAUUUGAAUGGAUUGCAACUGAUUAAGCGUCAACGCUUCAGCAAACUACCGCUGCAAGCCAACUACUAUCCUGUUCCGUCGCAGAUGUUUAUUCAAGACGAUUCGUACAGAUUGACGCUAUUGAGCGGACAACCAUUAGGCGGAUCGUCUCUGCAAUCAGGGCAGUUGGAAAUUAUGCAAGAUCGUCGCCUCAUUCAAGAUGACAAUCGCGGUCUCGGUCAGGGUGUGCUCGAUAAUCAACCGGUGCUGAACAUUUUCAAACUUGCAAUCGAAAACCUGGAACAAUGUAAUAAACUCAGCAAGGACUAUCCGGCUGGAUUCUUAACAUCCAACACAUUCAUGGAAAUGAAAACGUUACUGCAUCCGAUGGAGAAAUUGAUCUGGCACGAAAAUGAUUGGAUCGGAGUGCUGCCACAUUUCGGUCUGGACCGUACACCAUUUGAGACCGGUGUCGAGGUGGCUGUUUUGCGCGAUCUUCCUCAUGUCAAGGGAAAUGGUAAAGGCAAAUCGUCGAUGGGACUGGUUGUGCAUAGAAAUUAUUUGGAAGAAUGCAGUACAGAAAGCCAUAGGAUGGGAUUGAUAAACAUACGGCAGCUACUUAAUUUAGACGACAACCAGCAGAUUUUCACCGCACCUUUGACAUUGCUGAAGAGGGAAGCGCAAGUGUUAUCUGAAGAAUAUAACGUCUGUCCCAAGGACAUAAAAGCAUUUAUCAUCAAUAGAUGACAUUAGACAUAGGUUUCCAUUUGUGAUGUGCUGUGAGUUCGUACCAUUUUUUCUUUCUUUUGUAAGAAUUUCGUUUCGUUUCAAACAAAUGUAGUGACCGUAAUAUACAAAUUCAAUAGUACAUUGAAAAAUAGCUACUUAUACCAGCCACAUCAUGCAUCGUAGUGUAUGCGCUUUUUGUUUAUACGUUACUGAGUUUGUAAUAACUUAUAAUAAAGAAAUGAUUUGAUGUUUUGGUUUCAAUAAA